AUGUCUCCGUGUUUUCCAUUUGUUAGGCGUAAACGAAAUAGUAACAAGGAAAUAUUCCUUGCCAUUCUGGGAUUGGAUAAUUCUGGAAAGACAACAAUAUCUCUCAGCAUAAAGGGUGUCUCCAGUGACUUAGUUGCUCCAACUAUCGGCUUUGAUCGUAUUGAAUUUGCUAUCGACAGCUUUAAUAUCAACCUUUAUGAUUUGGGUGGUGGUCGUACAAUACGUGAUAUUUGGGAAACAUAUUUUGCUGAAGUCUAUGGUGUUAUAUUCGUGGUUGAUUCAAGUACGCCAGAGAGAUUAGAAGAAUGUCACGAAGCAUUAGUCAAUGUUCUUUCCCAUCCUUGUAUAUCCGGUAAACCGAUUCUUUUACUAGCAAACAAGCGAGAUAUUAAAGGUGCGUUAGAUGAGUCGGAGCUGAUAGCAGCACUCCAGCUGGAUGAUCUUGUCAAUGAAUAUAAAUGCCCUUGUCGCUUGGAGCAUUGUUGUGCUUUAUUACUACCUAAUCAAAAGUUGGAUAAAGCGAUUCGUGACGGUUUGAAAUGGCUUCUUGCUUAUAUUCAGUCAGAUUUGAUAAAUAUUCAAUCACGGGUUGGUGCUGAUGUAGAUAAACAAAUAAGACAACAAACAGAAGAACGCGCAGCUAGAAAAGAAAGAGUUCGAUUAGCUAGAGAGGAGAGAGAACGUUUGAGAAAACUGUCUAAUCAACACAUCAACAAUACGUUCACAGCAGGUAGCCUAGACGAUCUAGGUGAAAAUUCAAAUGAAUUAAUCAACCAACAAUUAACAAUAAAAACCGAUAAUACAUGUACGGUUUCCAACAUUUUUGAAAAUAACUUGUGUAGUGACAGUCCUAAAUAUAAAGAACCUACUAAUUUACCAGAUCUUAACCAAUAUAAUGAUAUUCAGUCUAUGCAGAUCAAUCCAUUAGUAUCUCAUGAGAAAAAUAAUUUGGUAUGUUCACAACUGAAUUCACGUGAUCUAUUGCAUCAAAUAAAGUUAGCCUGUAGUAUUGAUCUGGAAUUCCAAAAUAAAAAAUUGAGUUUGGAUAGCUACCGUGGUUUUGAUAAAGAGGGCUUAUUCAUUGAAUUAGAAAGAGAGCUGCAUAUUAGUGUUGAUGAUUCAAAAGAAAAUGAUAGUACCCGUACUAUAAUUGAAAAACAUGAUGAAGUAUCAAAACAGUUUUCAUUGUCUCCUUCGGUAUCAAAUGGUCAUAAGAAAGACGUGAAAUUACAACCUGAAUUCAUGCAAAUGAAUAUGUCGAAGAGCAAACUCCAAUGUGAUAAAGAUUAUUCGAUUCCUCAAACAGCGAAUGGUAGUGCCCGUUGUGUUAAUAGAACACCAACUGUGGUCCAUUCGUUAUAUGAGAAAAAUAGUUCGUCAGUUAAAAAAUCUGUUCACCAAUCGUUUAAUGUUCAAAAAAAUCCGUUUGAGAAAGUUGAUCACAGAGACAACAAUUCCAGUCUAUCGGGAACUGUGGCAUUAUCAAGAUUAACUAAAGGACCUUCAUCAAUGGCACGCAUUUUUUUGUCGAACUUCAAUAAACUACAUCCAAUUACAGAUCAGAAACCAGAAGGCUCAAUGUCAUCUAUACCGCAAUCAUUUACAUCAGAAGAGGAAAAUAAUUCGGAUAAAUUCUAUGCAACCUCUGUUUCUAAUUCUAAUUUAAAAUCGUCAAACUGA